AUGACCUUGUACAUUAUAAGCAAAGAUCGGAUUUCUUGGGGAAUUGAAUAAAUCAUGAGAAAUUACUAAUCAGUCAUCAAGAUCACUUUUGAGGAUGUAUUCUAAUGUCAUUAAAUUGUCCAUAUCAACCACAUAUUAAAAAUUAUAGAUCUAGGAAAACAAGUACUAAGGCAACAAUACACUUGAUAAUCAGCCCAGACUUCUGUUCACUGAAAAUCUGGGAAUGGAUGAGGGGACUUGUUGAUGUUAAUGACAUUGAAGCUUAAAUAAGAAAGCCCCACCCUCCUUCCUUUUUUGCAGUCAUAAAUUAAUUUCCUAGAACUUGAGGAACAGAAUACAAUACUUAAAUGAAGUCUGGAUAUCCGAAAGUCACACUUAAGAGACCCAAGGCCAAGCAGCAGAGGAAGGAGAGAACACAAGAGACUGAGGGAUCCUGGACUAAGUGGAAGGAAAUAGUUUAUAUUCAAAAGAGUCAGUAUUCCUGGUCAGUCACAGCUGGCCCCCAAGUGGUCAAGGCCCAGAAAGGAGAGCAUGGCAGGUACAUGGGCUUCUUAAAGGCAGCAACUGACAUUCAGAGGACAUCCGGCACACUGACCAACGCAGCUGCUACUGGAGUCCUGUUUAGAGCCAACUCUUUAUGCCACCAGCAGCUCUUCCUCACCUUCUUCGUCAGCUCUCAAAUCUUCCUCCUGGCCUUUCUCCGCCUUCUGUCUGAGCUUUCUGUCUCAUCUCCUUGUCACACUCUAAGAAAAGGUGAGCCAACCACAGCUUUCCUGAGCACUGACACAGUCAGUAUCAGAGCAGUGACACAGUCCUGGUUUAUUAGCAACACACAGACACAUGAGCAGGGUAGACAGCAUACACAGAAGCCACCUGACAGUGAGCAAGUAACAAGUUUAUCAACUCAUGGGAAGUUCAGAGCUCUUCAUCUCACUCCUCUGCUGUUGCUUUGGAAGGUCUACCACCAUGGCAUCUCCAUGCAGGAACUGCAUCUCUCUGCCCAGAUACACAGUUACCUUUGUUAACUCAGGGACUGGGUGGUAACAGGUAAGAAAGUAGACACAGCAAAGAAAA